GAGAGAGAGAGAGAGAGAGAGAGAGAGAGAGAGGAUACGACGAACACGGGGGUCUUGGGUGAAUCAACAAAGUCACGAGAACCUUUGUGCAAUCGGGGCGAGUAUUUACGGCAGCCGCCCCUUGGGUUGGUAUAAGAUGCAGCCCGAGGUGGCCGACGGCCCGAACAGGCCUACCCAUCCACCUCCAGAUGAUUUCCCUAGAGGAGUCUAGCGAGAAGCUCACUGCUUCCCCCAUCAGAACAACAACAGCCAGCCCCGGCCUGCCCUACCUCCGCCCGGCGCCAUGCUGGAAGAGCGUUGCGGGGCUGGAGCGUUCAUGGGGGAGGGCCUGGUCCAUGUCCAAGAGGGGACCGAGGGCGGGUAGGGAUGUACAGGGGACAUGAUACGGAGCACAUGGCUGGGCGUGGUGGGCAACGCUGGUAAGUUCCGGCUACGGGUUCAUGGAACAGCGGGCGGGUGGGGGAGUGCUGAAAAAAAAAACGGUGACAUGAAGCAUGCACAAAGGCCAAAGGGUCCAAAGUUGUGUAGUGUGUGUGUGUGUGUGUGCGUGUGGAAACGAGCAGUUCCUUCCUCUAAGUCAAAUCGUUCAAGC